AUGCUAGGUCCCGAUGAUCUCGGGGAAAUGCGACCCUUGUUGAUGAAGGCAAGGAAAAAUGACGAUUGUGAUGCUAAAGAUCCCGAACCUGACCUUCCUCUGAAACCUUUUCUCAUCGCCAAUACUGUUGAACGUGCUGUGGGCUACGAAGCAGCAAAGAAGGUACAGCUACGAAACAAGCCAGAGGAACAAAAUACCUACUGCGAGAUUAUUCCCCAUCCAACUCUUAGUUAUGUUCAAGGCAUAGUGUACGACUUGGACACGAUCAACGAAGAAGAACAAUUCCUUGAGGCACAACUGAAAUCUGAAGGAGUUACCAAGGUCAAAAGGAUUACUAAGAAAGUAGAUGGUACACGGAAAAAUACCCCAUUGUUGAUUCUGACGUUUAAUGCACUGAAACGACCCGAUUACGUCAAAUUCGGUUUAUUGAGGGUUAAAGUUCGCACCUUUUAUCCUUCUCCUAUGCUAUGUUUCAAAUGCGCUGAAUACGGUCAUGGUAAAAACAAAUGUCCAUCGAGUUCAACCAUAUGCCUAAGGUGUUCAAAGGAACACGAAAAAGCCGAAAAUCUGCCAUGCACAAACACAGCAUUUUGCAAAAAUUGCAAUGGUAGUCAUACUCCUGUUACCCGCGACUGCCCGAAAUACAAAGAAGAAGAAGAAGCGAUAAUCAAAAUAAAAGUUGACCGAGAUAUUUCAUUCUCAGAAGCCCUUAAUAUAUACCGCGAAUCAAACAGAGAUUAUUCGCUAUCUAACAUCGUUCAACGAAGGCUAGCAAGUGAUUCAGACGAAAAAGAUCGAAUAAUAGGAAGAGUCAAAAGCUGUAAGGUCAGAGCUGCGCAGCCUUCGUGA